AUGAGUUCUUCUCGUCCUUCCACCCCACCCAACCCGGUACCUUCUACUACUAAUGCCACUGUUGAUGUCGCUUUGCCUUGCUCCUACCGAUCAGAAACGCAACCUAUUACACCUCGCAAGACCGUAACUGGAGGAGGAACGAGUAAAGUUACACAGCAUUGCACUGUCAUGGCUUACGAGAUGGAUGGAGAAUUUGUCACCUGCGGAAUUGACGACUUUAUGUCGCAUUAUUUCGCUUUUGUGCCCGACACAAACAAUGUGAUGAGAUGCAUACAGAGGCAUCUGAUUCCAUCGGGCGUCGCCUACAUGGACAAAUCUAAGCUUGUACUCUCAAAGUUCCCCGACACCCCUACUAUUGACAAGGCCGUACCAGGCAAGAAAAACGAAAUGGAAGUUUUUGCACCGCUGGUCAAUAUUGCCAACAACAUUGGCAAGUAUGCUUACCAGUACCAGCCUGGCCUCGCAGGGCCGACCCCCAUACGCAAUAAGUUCAAGUACCGAAACGUCCCAUGCUCGUCCAUCAGCUUCGACAUACUUGGAUUGAACCACAAAGUCGGCGCGUGUUUCACAUCCGAUCAAGCUAAUUUCUUGAGUACCUGGGGAACAGCUGUAUCUAUUGAACAAAAGGUCAAGGUCAACAAUGAACAACGACUCGAUAAUAUGGAAAAGGUGCUUUCCGCCAAUGUUCAGGUCAUGAACGACGAUGUCCGGCGCAUGUUUACAUUUGGAAUGACUUUUGACGCAGACCAGGUAGUUCUCUGGUAUCAUUGUCGAUCCCAUUCCGCGGUUUCUCAAUCAUUCAGCUUCGUCGAGGAGCCUGAAAAACUUGUUAAAAUCUUUAUGUUUUUCCUCUUCGCAACUGAAGAGCAGCUGGGAUAUGAUCCAAUGGUGGAACGCCAAGGCGAUGGCCAAUACAUCUUCCAGAUCUGCCAUUCCAACCCAAACUCUAACGCUGCAGAUAAUUCUCGAUUCUAUCGCACUGUGAAGAUGCUCUCCGGCUAUCGCUCCAACAAUAUUACGGGCCGAAUGCCUCGAGUAUGGACCGUUGAACGGUACAAUCCAACUACUGGAAAUGUAAUUCCGGGUGACUUGCAGGUUCUGAAGGAUGUCUGGAUUGACCAUACUGCUCAAACGGAACGACAAAUUCAAGAGGCGAUGUUCGAAGCGAUCAAUAAAUUUGGCGACGACAAACCACCUGAACAUCCUGACCUCAAAAUGAUCUGGGAGAUGCGAAGGGAACUUAUUCGAUCUCGAGACUAUCAACGACUUUUCCUCACUAUCGAAGAUGAUUAUGACGGUAGACAGUCAAAAGUAAUCGCCCCAGGGUCCCGCCGCAUAUGGGGUCUGUUUGACCCUAUAAGGACGUUUUACCAAUCGUCAGGAACAAAUUCUAGGCAUGAUACGGGGCAGAUUCGCGCAAUUCAUACAUACAAUAAGCCCAAUAUAGAGCGACAUUAUGUGCCCAAGAAGCAGUAUCGGGUUGUAUUUAAGGAGAUUUGUCUUCCCAUAGGAUCAUUGCCAACGCUUGGAGAUGCGAUGGAUGUAAUUCAGGACAUUCAUAUCGCGCUGCAACUAAUGUACUGUGCUGGUUGGGUUCACCGAGAUAUCAGCGACGGCAAUAUCCUAGCCUGCAAAACAGAAGGAUCUGAUUCGCAACCUUUAAAGAUUUGGCAGGCAAAGCUCAUCGACCUUGAAUAUGCGACGCCGUUCCAGCGUCCUGACGAGGCUGCUGCUGAUCCGAAGACUGGAACACCGUAUUUUAUGCCUGUUGAAAUUCUUCGUAAGAGAUACCUUUUUAAUCAAGGACUUGACUUUCUCCAAUUACAAGGUCAUUACGAGGUUGUUAGCACCGUCGUUGACAGUGGCCGCCUUGCUGCAGAACAUCGCUUCGUCAUUCAUAACUACCAACACGAUUUAGAGUCGGUGUGGUGGCUCAUCCUUUAUCUCAUAGUUUCUCGCGUCUUUAUUCAAUCCGACGAAUACUGGGAUGGUCGUAUUCUCGACAAAGAAGAAGCCGAGCGGUGGAUAUCCGGCGUCUUUCAAAACUCCCUUGAGUUGGCGGAUGAUCGAGAGAGCGCCUUCUCCUUUUAUGGGUCCAUCGAACGCCAAAUUAUGCGCUUCACGCCGAAUCAUCUUAAAGAUCUGGUCCAACGUCUCCAACGAAACCAAACAGUUUUACUGUCGUCUUAUGUCAACCGCGAGCGGAGGGAACAAAUAUACGAUCACGCCUCAUACGCGCAAGCUCAUAUUGACUUUGGUCUUUUCCUUGAAUCCGUUCAGAUUUCGGAGCCUAAGACCUGGCGUCAAUAUGUGCUCCAUUUACCAGAACCUUCUCCAUCCACUCAAAUUGAAGCUCCAGCUAUGUAG